AUGUCUUUAUUCGGUGACGAUGACCCGCCGCAGCACGCGAAGCAGUCGUCGUCGCUCUUCGAUGACGAUCCCAAGCCCGCGGGCAAGACGGGCAACAGCUUGUUCGCAGACGACCUCGACGCCAACGACUCGCCCUGGGGCUUCCCCACGCCCAAGAAAGCCGGACGCGAAGCUCUCGUCAAGUCGCUGCUGCCUGCCUCGGACGUGCCCGACUCGUACAUUGACGCUUUCGACGCACUGUUAGAUGCUGGCGACCGCGAAGGCAAUGGGGUCAGCGUCGAGGGUGUCAAGAAGCUGCUGGCCGAGAGCGACAUCCCCGGCCACGCGCAGUCCAAGAUCCUCGAGAUUGUGCUACCGUCUGGUGGCAGCGCCGAACUGGGCAGGAACGAGUUCAAUGUUGUCUUCGCCCUGAUUGGGUUGGCGCAAGAGCAUGAGGACAUCACCCUAGACAGCGUCGACGAGAGGAAAAGGAAUCUUCCCGUCCCAACGGUGACGCUGCCGCAGUCCACCAAGGCCCGCGAACCAUCACCUCCUCCCCAACAAGCCCAGCCUCCGACCCCUCCCGCGCCGCAACGCCAGCCGUCUGCGCAGCAACCGUCUCCUGCAAGCAAGUCGAGCGCGCCUAUGCGCAAGCAAUCCUUCGGUGACCCAGAGGCGGAUCCUUGGGGCAGCCCCGACCUGCACAGAGGCCACAGCCACGCGAGCUACACAAGCUCGCAACCGCACACCAACGGCUCGAGCUUACCCCCAACCGCACGAACGACGAGUCAAUUUACAACACAAUCGACCGCCGCUUCCUCCAACAUCCCGCAGCCCGUCCAGCCAAGUUCCUUGAGCAGUGAAGGUGGCUGGGGCGGAUACAAUGGCGGAGCGAGCCAGCCAUUCGCUGCCCCUGGCUUGGGUGAAGAAGACUUUGGCGCACCCGCAGGAGGAGAGGGUGGCUCCAAUGCGACACCAGAGUUGGGCAGAUCCAUUGGGCGACUGAAUCCAGGCGGCAGUGGAAACGAAGAGGUCAUUACCAUUACUGCGCUCUCAGAGAAAGAGGGCAUGUUCAUGUUCCAGCACCGCAACUACGAAGUUGCCAGCUCGAAACGCACCACAAAGGUCGUGCGCCGAUACAGUGAUUUCGUCUGGCUGCUGGACUGUCUGCACAAGCGGUAUCCCUUCAGACAAUUGCCAUUGUUGCCCCCGAAGAGGGUCGGUAUCAACGGCAACCCAAUAGCUGCGGAUGCCACUUUCCUCGAGAAGCGAAGAAAGGGUCUUGCGCGCUUCACCAACGCGCUCGUACGGCAUCCAGUUCUGAACCAGGAGCAGCUGGUAGUCAUGUUCCUGACAGUACCUACGGAACUCGCAGUAUGGCGCAAACAAGCCAACCUAUCCGUUCAGGAAGAAUUUACCGGCAAACCCCUACCACCGGAUCUCGAAGACUCCCUCCCGAAGACCCUCCCUGAGCUCUUUGAUACCGUCCGAUCUGGCGUCCGACGCAGCGCAGAAACCUACAUCACCCUCUGCAGCAUGAUGGAGCGCCUCUCCCGCCGAAACGAAGGAAUGGCAGCGGAAUACGCACGUUUCUCCUCUGCUCUCAGCGGACUCACAGAGUCAAGUCAAGAAACAUACGCCGUCGACACAAACGACGUGCCAUUGUUGAACGAGGGCAUGAAUGCUACAGCGCGACACCUCGACUCCAGCAGACAAUUGCUAGAAGACGAAUCAAGAGGAUGGGAAGAAGGUGUUCUCGAAGACCUGAAGAGACAGAGAGACACUCUAGUCAGCGUACGCGACAUGUUCGACCGCCGAGACAAGUACGCCCGCGACAACAUCCCCCAACUGGAAAAGCGCAUCGCAAACAACGAAACCAAACUCCACAACAUCCGCCAGAAACCCGCCGAGCAGAUUAAGCCCGGUGAGGCGGAGAAGGUGGAGGAUGCCAUUUUCAAGGACAAGGAAUCCAUCGUCCAACAACACGCCCGCGGCGUCUUCAUCCAGGAAUGCAUCCGCGACGAACUGCUCUUCUUCCAAAAGUCGCAAUACCACGUUAGUAGACUGCACCAGGAGUGGGCACAAGAGCGUGUCAAGUAUGCGGAGCUGCAGGCGGAUAACUGGCGGGCGUUGAGUGAAGAGGUGGAGAGUAUGCCCCAGGCGGAGUAA